AUGGCUCAGGCUUCCUACUUUUCCCCAUUGGAAGACAUUCCAAUCGACCCUAUCAUGCAAAUCAUGCAGGCGUACAAGGCCGACGAGGCGCCUGGAAAAAUCGACGUGAGCGUUGGUGUCUACAAGACGGAAGAAGGCGACCCCAACUACGUGUUCCCCUGUGUCAAGAAGGCCAAGGAGAUUUUGGCUGCCAACGACCCGGGCCACUGCUACACGCAAAUGUCAGGAAUCCCCGCGUUCGUGUCUGCUGCGCAGCGUACCAUCUUCGGCAACAACCACGACGACGUUGUUUCUGUCCAGGCCAUUUCCGGCUCCGGCUCUUUGCACUUGACCUUCACUCUUCUCAGAUCGACAGGUUUCUCUGAGUUUUACGUCGGUACACCAUGCUGGUCUAACUACCAGGGUAUGAUUGAGCACGUGGGCGGAAACUACCACACUUUUAGAUACUACCACCCAGAAACGCACGGUGUGGACUUUGACGCGACGUUGCAGGCAUUGCAGUCUGCACCUGACAAGUCUGUGUUUGUUUUGCAGGCUGUGUGCCAUAACCCUACCGGCUGUGACUACACUAGAGACCAGUGGGCGCAGAUUUUGAAGAUUUUCGGCGAGCGUGAUCUUUUCCUUGUAUUCGACUGUGCAUACCAAGGCUUUGCCAGUGGAAGCGUGGCUGAAGAUGCGUGGGCCAUCAGACAAGCCUACGAUGCGGGCCUUGAGUUUAUGGUGUGCCAAUCGUUUUCGAAAAACUUGGGCUUGUACUCAGAAAGAGCUGGCUGCACACAUGUGCGGGUCCGGGAUGCCCACGCUCGGGCCAAUGUGUUUGCGACUUUGGUAUCUAUCAUUCGACACGAGAUUUCUUUUGCUCCAGCGUUUGGCGCCCGUGUCGCCACUAUAGUGCAAGACCAGUUGCAAGAGCAAUGGGCUGAGGAUGUUCUCAGUGUGACGCGGCGUCUCAAGACUGUGCGGGAGAAGGUUUUGAAGCGGUUUGUGGAGAUGGGCACCCCCGGAAAAUGGGAACCUAUUAUCAAGCAAAACGGCUUGUUCUGGUACACCGGGUUGACGAAGUUGCAGGUGCAAAAAUUGAUGGACGAGCAUCACGUCUAUGGAACUUUGGAUGGCCGUGUGAAUGUCGCCGGGUUGAAUGACUCCAAUAUCGAGGCUUACUGUCAGGCAGUGGACGCCACUGUGCGCAAGUAUCCUUUUGACCAGUGA